UUUUUUUCCAAUCUGUUUUAGGAGUAAGAAAUUCUGUUUGUUCUGUUUUUCUUUUUCGAUCUCGUUCGGUGGUAGCUGAUUUUAGCUAUCUCUUCGGAUUUCUCGUCAACCUCUCCCGGAUUUUAAUACCCUAACCAAUUUUAUUUUCAAAUUUGUCUCUGAUUGGCUGUUUACUCUAAUUUUGGGCUUCUGAAUCUUUGUUUUUGUUUUUCUUUUUUUCGAAUUGAACUGAGAAUUUUAUUCGUAGAUCCGGACUUGAUGAUUUUUGGGACAGAAACCCUUAAUUUACAGGGUUUUCCCCCAGCGGUUGGGAAUAAUUGACAUCGGCUAUUGGAAACUGACCUCUAUUUGCUUCAACUUUUUCAUUGAUUGCUUUAUAAUUACAUUAAGGAACAGUUAACAUGAUGCGUAGUUUCGAUGUUUUUUCUUUUUGUAGCUUUUAUGACACAAUUUUUGUUUUGUUUUUCAUCUUUGUAAAGGAAAGGUAGUAAUAUUUGAUGGAGGAUUGUGAUAAUCGGCACUGGGAUGAGCUAUUCCCUGAUGCACUGGGUCUUAUAUUUAGGAAUUUGUCACUACAAGAGAUACUUGUUGUAAUCCCAAGGGUUUGCAAAUCAUGGAGAAAAACAGUGUUGGGGCCUUACUGCUGGCAGGAGAUAGACAUUUUGGAUUGGAGCUUACUUCGAGAUCCCGAUACCAUCAAUCGAAUGCUUCAAAUGUUGAUUUCAAGAAGAUCGGGUUCCCUUUGCAAGCUCUGCGUUAGCUGCCUUCCUAAUGACUCUUGUUUGUCCCUGAUUGCAGAACAUGGAACAGCUCUGCAUACACUACGGCUACCAAGAAGUGAAAUAACGAAUUCCAUUGUAGAACAGGUUGCUGAGAGGUUUUCUGCUGUAACUUUUUUGGAUCUAAGCUUUUGUAAAAACAUUGGAGCAUCGGCUCUCGAGGCGAUUGGGAAACAUUGUGCGAACCUCACAGGGUUGCGCAGAGUUAUGUGCCCAUUUGAAGCCCUUGACAAGUCUUCUCAAGAUGAUGAGGCCCUUGCAGUUGCAUCGACAAUGCAUAAGCUCAAGCACCUUGAGAUUGCCUAUUUGCUUAUCAACACUGAAUCGGUUCUAAGAAUCCUCGAGAACUGCCCAGAUCUUGAGUAUUUAGAUGUGCAAGGGUGUUGGAAUGUGAUACCAGAUGAGACGUUCAAAAAGUUUUCGAGGGUGAAAUUGGUCGGUCCAUUGGAAGAAAUCUCAGAGUCGAACAGAUGGGAUGAUUUUGAUUGCUCAAAUUACUCAAGUUCUUCUGGCUACUUGGCGUGGGAUUUUGUGGCUGAUGAAUUAGAUGAUGAAUUUGAAAUGCUGGAGUUUUUUGGAGAAGAUUAUAGAAGUGUGGAUGAUAUGGACCAUGCUUAUUCUGAUUCAUCUGCGGGGUCUCCUUGAAUGUUGCUCCUACGUCUGGCUUUGAAAUGGUGAACCUUUUGUUUCACUUAACCAAACAAUAGAGCCCUUGAAAUUGGGUUAGCUUUAUGGUUGGUUAAACUAUGAUCAUAUGAAUACUUUUAGCCUUGUUAGUAACUCUGUAGAUUAGAAAUGGCGUCCAUUGAAGUCAGUAAGAGAUAUCCAAAUGCAGGUACAAAAAGCAGCACCAUUGAAGUUGACCCGAGUUACCUGACCAUCGACUUGGUUCGGGCUGAUCGAAAUUGAUGGCAUUCCACUGCAGCUGGUAAUAUCGGUUGGUUUGUGGGAAUAUGUCUCUAGGUUUGUGAAUGUAUGGCAAUGAUUUUUUCUAACCUUGUUGAGGGUGAAAUUAUCUUCUUACCAUAGGUUAGAAAAGCAUGAUAUGCCUAGAAAGUUUCUUCCUCCUCUCUCAUCUCUAUUUUCAUUUCUUUCCUCUUCUCUCUCAUUAACUUAAGCAGGAUGAACAUUGUAUGAUCCAAAUUGAAGGCUGACAUGAUCGUUUCUGAGUACAGUAAUAGCCAAAUGAGCUUGUAUCAGAACAUUUUGUUCAAUUUUAAUGAAUACAAACGAAGAAACGAUCAUUUUUGUCUUCAA